GCCCAAAUGUUUGCUCCAGAUGAGGACCAAAUGCAUGUUGUGAAUCAUUGUGAGGGAAAGCCGACAGAGGAGAAGAGAAACAUUCUGCAGGAAAGCGCCCGUAUCGCCAGGGGCGAUGUGAUGGAUCUGGCCAAGCUGGAUGUCUCAGAGUUUGAUGCUGCCAUCAUUCCAGGGGGGUUCGGUGUAGCUAAGAAUCUUUGUGAUUGGGCUGUGAAGAACAAGAACUUCACCAUCCAGCCUCUCCUGAAGAAACUAAUCGAGGAUUUCCAUAAAGCUGGAAAGCCUCUGGGCAUGUCCUGCAUUUCUCCUGUCCUGGCUGCAAAGCUGCUGCCUGGCUGUGAGCUCACUGUGGGGCAGGACAAAGAGUGUGAAGAGUGGCCGUAUGCUCAGACAGCUGGAGCUAUGAAGGACCUGGGCUGCAAAUAUGUGAACAAAGAGGUGGAUGAAGCUCAUGUUGAUGUUAAAAACAAGCUGGUCACCACCUGUGCCUUCAUGUGCAACGCUCCCUUUCACAAGAUCUUUGAUGGAAUUGGUGUUAUGGUUCAAGAAACGCUAAAAAUUGCCUGA